GAGAGGGGGAGGAUGUGGCAACAGGUGGGAGCUGAGAGGGCCAGGUGAGCGAGGAGAUGCGAGGUAGUCUUGAGGUUCCCUGGAGCUUGGAACACCAGUGAGCGGUCAGUGUCGAACCACCAGCGUUCAGGGGAGGUAUACGCACGCUCUCUCCUCCUCUUCCCUCCAUUCUCCAACACGUAGCAACUCUUUCCUCCAUCUCUACCUCCCUGUCUUCCACGCCUCUUCCUCGCCUCUCCCUUCCUCCCCCAAGUACUUCCUUUAAAUUCAGUCACGUUACCUGUUCAGUUCGUUUCCUUUCUACCUGUCGCUGUUAAUUCUCAGUGUUGCAAGGUGGUAAUGCGUCUUUCCAGUCACUGCCCCUUGUUUACCUGUGCCGCCUUACCUGUACAGUCACUUGGCCACCUGUAGAGUCACGUGACAUUUCUUUGGCUUUCGGUGUUCAAAGUUUGUGUCAUUUUCAUUCCCUUGUGCUAGAAAGAGUGACUGACAGUGAGUACGGGUGGUCACUUUUAGUCUCUCUCUCUCUCUCUCUCUCUCUCUCUCUCUCUCUCUCUCUCUCUCUCUCUCUCUCUCUCUCUCUCUCUCUCUCCGGAAGUGCCAUACACAUCAAGGAAUUGUUAAAAAGACACAUCCAAGUGGAAAAAUGCAUAUUACGUCAUUUGAGAUGGAGGGCAUUGGAGAAAUGAAGGUGGAUGUGGAAGCGAGUGAGGAGCAGAAGAGGAGAAAGACGGAGGUGGCAAAGUCAAGGGAGGUGUUGGUGGAGGACGCACCGCAUUCACGUCUCCUUUACUCCCUGGAGGACAUCCCCCCCUGGUACACCUGCCUGGCGCUCGGGAUACAGCACUUCCUGAUGAUGGUGGAGUCUACAGUGAGUAUUCCUUAUCUUCUGACCCCCGUGAUGUGCAUGGUGGCCACUGAUCCUGCAAGGGGCGCCAUUGCUUCCACCAUUAUCUUUGUGAGUGGUGUCGUGACUCUUCUACAAACCACCUUUGGCGUCAGGUUGCCAAUUGUUCAGGGAGGCACGCAUGGCUUCCUCAGCCCUAUCUUGGCCAUCCUCGCCCUGAUGCCCUGCCCUCCGGAGAAUGAGAUACUUGAACUUGACUUAGACGACCGCCGUGACCUCUGGCAGUCCCGUAUGCAGCAGGUCCAGGGGGCGAUCUGCGUGGCCUCCUUGUUUCAGGUCGUGAUUGGGUUCACAGGCGUGGUGGGCAUUCUCUUACGCUGGAUCACCCCACUGGUCAUCGUUCCAACCAUCACCCUCAUUGGCUUCUCCCUCUUCCAAGUGGCGGCAAACAAAGCGUCCUCUCACUGGGGCAUCUCUGCCUUAACCGUUGGUCUGUUGAUUCUCUUCUCCCAGUACCUCGGGAACGUUGCCCUACCCUGGUUCUCCUACUCCAGGGGCCGAGGAUUCACGCGCACCAAAGUUUUUGUCUUCAAACUGUUCCCGGUGAUCCUUGCAGUGGCGUUAUCCUGGGGCCUCUGCUGGCUUCUCACCUAUCUGGAGGUUCUUCCCGAGGACAGCCACGCCAGGACGGACCUACGUACCAACAUGCUCUACGAGGCCCCUUGGUUCCGCCUCCCCUACCCAUGUCAGUGGGGCAUGCCGUCUGUGAGUGUGGCUGGAGUGAUGGGGGUGCUGGCGGGGGUGGUGGCUAGCGUGGUGGAGAGCAUAGGGGACUACUACGCCUGCGCCAGACUCUCAGAAGCACCGGCGCCUCCCAAGCACGCCAUCAACAGAGGCAUUUGGAUGGAGGGGAUUGGCUGCGUCCUGGCGGGUCUCUUCGGCACAGGUAGCGGCACCACAUCUUACUCUCAGAACGUCGGGGCCAUUGGCGUAACAAAGGUGGGAAGCCGCCGAGUGGUCCAGUACAGCGCGGCCGUUAUGUUAGUCUGUGGCGUGGUGGGUAAGGUUGGCGCCCUCUUCAUCACUGUGCCAGAGCCUAUCAUUGGUGGCAUCUUCAUCGUGGUGUUUGGCAUGAUAACAGCCGUUGGAAUAUCGAAUGUACAAUAUGUUGACCUAAACUCCUCCAGGAAUCUCUUUGUCUUGGGUUUCUCGCUCUUCUUCGGCCUGGCGCUUCCCAUGUGGAUGCAGAAGCCAGAGAACAGUGCUAUCAUAAAAACUUCACUGCCCAUCUUAGACCAGGUACUGUCCGUCCUUCUCAGAACUUCUAUGUUCGUGGGCGGUUUCCUUGGGUUCUUCCUUGACAACACAAUCCCUGGAACGGAGGAGGAGCGCGGUUUGGUGAAGUGGAAGGCAAUGCUUGAGAAGAAGCAAACAGGGAAUGAAGAAUCAGUCGUGGAUACUUCUUGUUACGACCUCCCCUUCGGCAUGGAGAGGAUAAGAAAGUGGGGAUGGACAAGGUUUGUACCAGUGCUGCCAACCUUUGCUGGGUGGAAAGCCAUCACAAGAAAAUACUCACUUUCUCCCUCAAAGUGCAGUAAGAUAUAGCCCCGCCCACCAGCAGUUUACCACCCAAACGCCCACCAAUCCUACAGUACGCCCACCCGCCCACUCGCCCACCUCGUUUAAUUGUUUUUGUCUCGUUUUUCUUAUUGUAUAUUUUUAACUUAUCUUUUUUAUUUCUUAUUUUGUUUUAUUUUCUAUUUCAAGAUGAUACCAAAGCUGUGUUCAAGUGUUAUUUCUCUCUCUCUCUCUCUCUCUCUCUCUCUCUCUCUCGGGUUACCAUAUUCCACGUAUUUUUCUUAAUAUUUUCUUUUGUGUUCCGUUGACUAAUUUUAUUUCACAAAUUGUAAAGAAAAGUGUUCAUCAUGUUUUCAUUUUUUUUUUUUCGUAGCUAGUCAUGAAAGUACAUUCUUAAGUAUUAAGUUAAGAAAGUAUUCUUAACAUGUACUAAACACAACUUGAGCUAAUCUAACUUAAUUUAACCUAACUUAACCUGACAACCUCCCAUCCUUUGCAAUUUUACCACACUUCCAUCCCUCAGUCAUCCUUGCCCUCAGCCCUCUUCCCUCAACUAGUCUCCCCCAGUUUCUUUUAAUCUAUUCCUGGUCUUCUCUUACUACGUGACCGAACAACCUCAUAUCUUAAUCUUAUCGCUUUUCUAAUACUUCCAACUGACCACCUCAUUAUGGUAACCUAGCCCAGUACUUAUGAUGUUUACCCCAUCACUGCCUGACUGUAAUGUGGGUGGGAUCAUGUGCCUUAGUGCAGGUGUGAGGCGAGUCUUGACAGAUUUCUAAGCACACAGGGACAGUGGAGUGUGCAAAGUUUAAGGGCCGCAUUUCCUCACCACGACUGUUUUCAAAGGCCAUAGAGGUGAUUAGCCAGUUCCCAAGAGUGCUUCUCCUCAUGGUUAUGUAGAAAUGUUGUUAAUCUGUCACUAGAGCCAUGAAAAGCACCCUUAAAAACCCGUGUACGUUAAAUUAGAGGGUUUUGAGUGUAGUGGAGAUGAGUAGAUGCGGCGCGGAUGUUUCAGUGUACGGCCCUCUAGUUGUGUUACGUAUGACUUAAUGAUCGUCUGAAUGGUUGAUAUGCUUUGGAUGGAUCAAAUAAAGACGCUUCUUGUUGAA